AUGGUUUAUGUGUCGGAAGCCUAUGAAUUACGUAGAACAAGAGCAAAUAUGGAAAAAGGAACACUGAACAUUGAGUUUGCGAUAUCAAUAGAUAAAGGUGCAAUAUGCCUUCCCGCACAACUGAUACUGGUUACUCAUAGCAGUUGGUUCUUGACUAUGGAUAAACUGGAUAAAGGCUUGGUGAAGAUAAUGCGAAAUAAAGCGACAGGGACUGUUGCCAUUUUUGAACGGAAUGAAUUUUAUGCGUGCUAUGAUAAUGAUGCAAUUUUCAUUGCAAACAAUGUUUUUUGUAGCGAGGUGGGUCUUCGACGAUGCCGAAUUGAUGAAACCGAAUUAAUGUAUCAUGUCUUGAAUAACGCGCAGUAUUUGCGUGUUAUUCACGAUGCCAUCUUAGUGCAGAAUUAUCGUGUGGAAGUAUAUGCUGCAAGUGAUGGACAGUGGGAGCUUAAAGCGAAGGGGUCACUAGGAUGUUUAAAUGAUUUUGAAGAAAUUAUUGGUGACAGUGCUGAAUUGUACGAGCUCACAACAGUUGCGGCGUUAACUGUGACAGAAGGACACGAUUCCACCGAAUGCUUGGUUUCUAUUGUGUCCUGCAGUGUUCGAGAAAUGCAGUUUACAAUCGCCGAAUUUCUUGAUAAUAAGCAUUUCGUGAAUUUGGAGAAAUGUUUGACUGCAUUAGUACCCCGAGAAUGUUUGCUGGUUUCGAAUGAAAUGGGAAUAUCAUCUGUCAGUUUAUCCGGUGAAAAUAAUAGUCAGUUGAAUACAGCACUGAAAAAAGCUGGUAUCAGAAAAGAACUCUUUCAAUUUAAUGAAGAACUUUCUAUUCUGCUUUCUGAUCAGAUAGCUCAAAUGAUCGAUCCGAAAUAUAAAGACAUUCAUAUUUCAAGAGCGCAGAGAAGUUGUUUUGUAGCACUGAUUCAACAUUUGCAUUUGAAUGGUGGUGGGACGAAAAGUGGAAAAUUUCAGUUACGUAAUUACAAAUCGGCAGGUUACAUGUAUUUGAAUUCUGCAGCUGUAAAAGCUCUCGAAUUGUUCAGUGUAUAUCAAGAAGAUGAAGAUUUAUUGGAUAAUGCAGGUUCGCUUUAUAAAUUGUUAAAUAAAUGCCGCACUCCUCAAGGACAACGCCUUUUACGUGAGUGGGUUCGACGGCCUUUACAUGAUACACGCAGAAUUAAUGAACGAUUAGAUGUAGUCGAAGCUUUUGUCAGUAAUCCAUCAUGCCGUGCUAGACUUCAUGAUGAUAUCUUACGUCGAAUACCUGAUAUCACAGCAAUCACCAGAAAAUUGAUGCAAAAGAAGGCAGGCUUGCAGGAAUGUUAUCGGCUUUACCAGAUCAUCUGUCUGCUAAAACGAUUCCAUCAAAUACUGGAUGAGCUUCAUGCUUCUUGUGGUUCCUUGGCACCGUCUGUUAAUGAUUUAUGUUUGGAACCACUCGUUUUAGCGCAAUUGCAAUUUCAAAAGUUCAUGGCAUUGAUUGAAAGUACAGUUGAUAUAACUUAUUUCAAAGAAAAUGGAUUGUAUAGGAUUUUGCCAAAUAUUGAUGAAAAUCUGCUAACAACUGCUGAAAGAAUGUAUGAGAUUGAAACGAGCUGUAACACUUUAUUAAAGAAAGUUUGUUCUGAAUUAACUGAAACAGUUAAACUGGAAAAUAAUGAACAUUAUGGUUUCCAUUUUCGAGUCACUUUAAAGGCUGAGAAAUCAAUUAGGCAAUCAGGUUUGCAUAUUCUUGAAACAAGUAAAGGUUCCGGUGUACGCUUUACUUGCGACCAUCUGAAUGUACUAAAUCAUGAAUAUCAGAAACUUUCUUCUCAUUAUGAAUCAGUUCAAAGUAGCUUUAUCGACAUGGUUGUUGAAACUUGUUCUGGUUAUAUUUCAACAUUCUGUGAGUUAUCUGAAACAAUCGCUAUAAUUGAUACUUUGGUCGCACUUUCUAUGCUAGCUAGCGGAUCUUUUUGUUAUGUGAGACCACAAAUACUUGAUGAAGAUAAACAGGUUCUAGAACUCAGAAAGUGCCGUCAUCCAGUUAUGGAGGCGAAUCCGAAUUCCCCACAAUUUAUAUCAAAUGAUGUAGUCCUCGGCAGUGAACAGGGAGAUGGUGCAAUGUUUUUGAUGCUGACAGGCGCAAAUAUGGGAGGCAAAAGUACGUACUUACGUUGCUGCGCACUUUCUAUCCUUUUGGCACAAAUGGGCUCAUUUGUACCAUGUGAAAGCGCUAGGAUAGGCAGCUGCGAUUAUCAGUGUAAAGGAGUGUCUACGUUUAUGGCAGAAAUGAAUGAUUGCGCAUCAAUUCUCGAGUCAGCAACAUGUCAUUCGUUGAUUAUUGUUGAUGAGCUAGGACGCGGUACAUCAACAUAUGAUGGCUUCGGAUUAGCUUGGGCAAUUGCAGAAGAUAUUGUUUCACGAGUGAAAUGUUUCUGCAUAUACGCUACGCAUUAUCAUGAACUAGCUGGACUAGGCCGUGUAUAUCCGAAGCAAUUGAAAAAUGUUUGUACCGCUUCUCAGGUUGAUGAGAACGGACAACUCAUUUUGCUUUAUAAAAUAAUAUCGGGCGUCGCGGGCCGUUCUUUUGGCUUAAACGUCGGUAAAAUGAUUGGUUUACCGGACAAUGUUCUUCAAACUGCAAGCGACAUGUUGGAGAGGUUGGAAGCAGGGGAUUCGAAGUUAAAUUUGGAGGAAGAGAAACUGUAUAGAAUGAUCCUCAGUUCUGCAGAUGACGAGUUGCGACAACAGAUUCUGGUGAAUUUGAUGAGUGAAGAUGACGAAUCAAUGUGUUCAAUCUGA